CAGCGGUCCGCGGGCGUGGACCGCUAGUAUAGAGGCAGCAUCGCGAGCGGACCGCUUAUUGGAUCGGCAGCAAACAACCCGAGGAGCGCGACUUCGCGAGUUAGUUGUGUUGAGUGAGAGUGUGAACUUUAGUGGUGACUCAUCUGGUGAACUGUGGUGGUUCUGGAUUAUAAGAGUGCCGUCUAGGGGUGAAUCAUCAUGAAGCAGUUUCUGGACGUCGUCAACGCCGUCACCCUCAACCAAUUGCAUGGAGACAAAAUGAGGAGCAGCAGCGUGUCGCCCAGCCCGUGCCACGCGCCGGCGCCCGUGCAGCGGGCGCGCUCCAUGCGCACGCCCGUGCGCUCCCCCUCGGACUGCUCCAUGGGCGGCGCCCCCCCGCGGCCCCGGCGCGCGCGACCGCGCUCCUCCAGCCGCAGCCGCGCCCGCCGCGGCACCGUGGGGCCCGGCGGACCGCCCUACUACGUCUUCCCCAGCGGCUACAGUUCCUCGGACGAGGAGGACGAGGCCAACGAGUACUACCUGCUGAGGAACUUCGCCAUCACGGGGAAGGGCGUCGUCAACCGGGGCGACUCGGUCAAGAGCAGGCGCUCCAGCGCCGACAGCAACGACUGCCCGAGCCCUGCCGAGCGCAGCCGCAGCCCGCCGGCCGACAGCCGGGUGCCACCCAGCCACGUGCACCGGGUCGUCAUCCUCGGCGCGCACGGAGUCGGCAAGUCGUCGCUCGUGCAGCAGUUCAGCACGUCCGACUUCCUGCACGCGUACUGCGCCUCCCCGGACGAGGACGCCCUCGAGCGUACCGUCAACGUCCUGCUGGACGGCGAGGAGUCCGAGCUGUCCUUCCUGGAGCAGCACGACGCCGAUGUCACUAGCGACUAUGAGUCGGAGCCGCACGCGUUCUGCGUCGUGUUCGCCGCCACUGAGCGGAGCAGCUUCCGGCUGGCUCUGGACGCGCUCGAGCGGCUGUGGCACUCCGAGACGGUAGGCACAAAGGCCGUCAUCCUGGUCGCCAACAAGACAGACUUAGUACGCGGCCGCGCCGUCAGCACGGAGGAGGCCAAGGCAGCCGCCACGCAGUACGACUGCAAGUACAUCGAAACGUCCAUCGCCAUCAACCAUAACGUCGACGAACUGCUCGUCGGUCUACUUACCCAGAUACGGCUCAAGCUCAAGGACCCGGAGAAGUCCCGCAGCAUCUUUCGGAAGAGGAGCUUCUCCCGGAGAAAGUCUCUGGGCAAGGACGGCGCCAACCUGGAGCCCACGGACGUCAUGUCGAGGUCGAGCUCCCGCCCGGAGGGACACAUCGUCCGCAAAAUAUACCGCGGCUCCAAGACGUCUGCGUCCUUCAGAAUGAAGAGCCUGUUGGACAAAGUGCUCGCCAGGGACUCAAAGGCCAAAAGCUGUGAAAAGCUGCACGUUUUGUGAAGCAGGCGGUAGUGCCGACUUAUCUGUGAUGAACCCGCUGGGACGGGCCAGGCUCUGGGAGCAAAAGUACCUCCCACCCGGUAGGACCAAAUGACUGACUGAUGUAACGUUAAGGACGUGAUUACAGUAUUUUUAGGUUAUUUGCAAACGCGCACUGGGGAUUUUUUUUGUAUAUGUAGUUUUCUUUACCGAAUUGCAUGUGGCGCAUGUGGCGAACAAGUUUCACCUUACAUCUGUUAUACGCUCAAAUAAAUGAAAUUGCAUAGUGAUUCGAAAGAAAACAUGAGUUAGUUAUUCUUCUUCGUGAUUUAGGUUAAAAUCAUUUUCUUAUAGCGUGGCAUUUGUUUAAAACUUAAGGAAACUAUUGUAGUUUGAUGCAUUUCAAAUGUUUCAUGUGGUGUAAUAAAUAAUUUGUGAUGUUUUCAA